CGGACGGUCGAAGAGAACGGUAGUCGCGGCCGCAGAGUAGUCAUCUGCAUCUUCCAUUUCAAUUUGGAGGCCCAUCGGGCUCGAUGAUGAGGCCGCUAGCCUAUAUAAAAAUUAACAUUAACUGGAUUCACCACGUGGCAAUAUAUAAGUUUUUAACUAAGAUUAUUUAUUUAUUUAUUUAUCCUCUCUUUUGUUUCUACUCUCUCCUCUCUCCUCUUCGUUUCUCAUUCAUAAAAUCACCACCGUCUCCGUUUCAGUUUCAGUUUCAGUCUCCGGCUCGCUCGCUCGAUCCGCUUAGAGUUGCAAUGACUAAAAACAAGAAUCCUUUAGUUUUCUUGGAUGUAUCAAUUGGUGAGGAUCCAGUUCAACGGAUUGUUAUUGAGCUUUUUGCUGAUGUUGUACCCAAGACUGCAGAAAAUUUCCGUGCACUGUGCACAGGCGAGGCCGGCGUUGGAAAGACCACCGCCAAGCCUCUACAUUUCAAAGGAUCAUCUUUCCAUCGAGUUAUCAAAGGAUUUAUGGCUCAAGGAGGUGAUUUUUCUAAUGGAAACGGCACUGGUGGGGAAAGCAUCUAUGGUGGGAAGUUUUCAGAUGAGAAUUUUAGACUAGACCAUGAUGGAGCUGGAGUCCUUUCGAUGGCAAAUUGUGGCCCAAACACCAAUGGGUCCCAAUUUUUUAUACUUUUUAAACGCCAGCCACAUCUUGAUGGGAAGCAUGUUGUAUUUGGCAAAGUUGUUGAGGGAAUGACAGUAAUCAAGAAAAUGGAACUUGUAGGGACGAGUGAUGGCAAACCUACUAGUUCAGUUGAGAUAAUAGACUCUGGAGAAACGUCUCAGAUAAGAGCACCUGAUGUUUCUGAAAGAGAAAAAGGAAAAUCAAAGAAAUCAGACAAGGGCAUAUCUUCUGCUGAUGUAUCUGACCGUGAAAUUAAGGGGACACACAAAAAAGAAUCUAAGGACAAAAAGAUAAAGCGAAAAAGAAGAUACUCCUCGUCGGAUUCAUAUAGCUCAAGUUCCGACUCAGAUUCAGAUUCGGAAUCAGAAACAUAUUCAUCCUCCUAUGAGUCUAGUUCUUCCAGUGAUGGGAAGCGUAGGAAGAGGACAACAAAGAGACACAAAGGCCGACGCGGGGAAAGAAAGAUUAAAGGAAGAAAUGGGAAAAAGAUAGCCCGGCAAGAUAGAAAACCUCGGCGCAGAAACAUGGAUAGUUCGAGUGACACCGAGAGUAGCAGCAGUUCCGAUGAUGAGAGAGUGGGCCAUGAUAAAACCAGAAAGUCAGUGAAAGCCAAAGGAAAAGCUGCUGACUCUAGUCCUGCAGAGAAGAGCCUUCUGAGAAAGGAACCAGAUUCCGUCCUGAAGAACAAUGAACCUGUGGGUAAUGGAAAGGCCACCAAAGCUGAUCAACACGCAGACUUGGAUGACUCAGUGAAAUCAAGGAGUAGGAGCCCAAUUCGUAGGAGAAACCAAAAUAGCAGGAGCAAAAGUCCUAGUAGGAGCCCUGUGAGAGAUCUUGGAAAUGGAAGCAGAAGUCCUCGUGAGAAGCCAACAGCGGAUACUGUGGGGAAAUCUACCAGAAGUCCAUCUCCAAGUGGUGUGCCCAAGCGCAUCCGAAAGGGGCGUGGAUUCACCGAACGCUAUUCCUUUGCUCGGAAGUACCAUACGCCUUCUCCUGAGCGUUCACCUCCUCGACAUUGGCCGGACAGAAGAAGCUAUCAGGACAGGAACAGGGAUAGGUAUCCAAGCAACAGGAGUUACUCUGACCGCUCACCGAGGGGACGCUUUAGAAGCCCACCCAGAAGGAGCCCUCCAAGGUACAACCGAAGGAGAAGGAGCACUUCUCGGAGUCCAGAUGGGUACCGCAGACGUUUCAGAGAAGAAAGCAGGAGCCGGAGCCCAAGGCGUCGUAGCCCUAGCCGGAGCCCUAGAAAGAGGCAGCCAAUUAGCGAGGACCUUAAAUCCCGUCUCGGGCCACAGAGACCCGUCUCUCCUGCAGCAUCACUCAGCCCUUCUCCCCCAACCUCUCCAUCCGGACAGAGAGGUCUGGUUAGCUAUGCCGAUUGAUGAACACUCUACUAUUUGGUUCCUGGUGACUUGCACAAGUUUUUGUUGUAAUUUUCAUAUUUCAUAAUGCUUGUCGGAUAUGUUACUACUACUAUACUUUGCUGCUUUACAGAUUGUGGAAAUUUAUUAGAUUCAGACUGAUAUUGGUAGAGUUGAGAGUUUGGGAAA